AACUGUCAAAUUUUCUCACCCCCGCACCGCACUGUCCGCACCCCAAUCGGGUACCCCUUCCCGUGUCGAAUCGAAAUCGAAACGAAACAAAUGAAAUUUUAAAUGAUUUCAAUGGAAUCAAAAUUAAGUUAGCAAUGCUUUGUUUAAAUAAAAUGUUUUACUGGUAGAAAUGUUUAACGUGUUAUUGUGGUAAAUAAAUAGUAGGCAGCAUGUUCAAAAGCCGCGGAGAUAUUGUUUAUAAAUGUACAGUGAGGCUUUUAGAGGAUACAGAAAUAUUAGAAUGUGAAUUUCACCCGAGUUACAAGGGCAAGUUUUUGUUGGAGCAUGUAUGUCAACAGUUGAAUCUCACUGAGACUGAUUAUUUCGGGCUUCGGUAUGUAGACGCUGGUGGCCAAAGGCACUGGCUGCAUAUGGCAAAGUUAAUACUGAAACAAGUCAAAGAUGCAUCGCCAAUACUAUUUAGUUUCCGAGUGAAGUUCUACCCUCCAAACCCGCUGCUUCUGAAGGAAGAUGUGACUAGGUUUCAGAUAUACUUGCAGCUGAAAAGAGAUCUGUUGCACGGGAGGUUGUAUUGUACGGCUAACGAGGCUGCUAUGUUGGGAGCAUUAAUUAUACAAAUCGAGCUUGGGGACUACGAUCCGAAUAUCCACGUGGGCAACUAUGUGACUGAGAUGAGGCUGCUGCUUAGACAAACGGAUACCAUUGAAGCCAGGAUACAGGAGCUGCACCGCGAGCCGGUGGAGGGCACGCCGGGCGGGUCGGGCGGCGUGCAGGGCAUGAGCACGCAGGAGGCGGAGCGCGCCUUCGUGAAGAUCGCGUGCCAGCUCGACACCUACGGCGUCGACCCGCAUCCUGUCAAGGAUCACAGAGGCAACCAGUUGUACCUGGGCAUCAACCACAGCGGCAUCCUGACCUUCCAGGGCAGCCGCAAGACGCACCACUUCAAGUGGUCCGAGGUGCACAAGAUCAACUUCGAGGGACGCAUGUUCAUUGUGCACCUUAAUUAUCCCGAGAAGAAACAUACAGUGGGUUUCAAGUGUCCGAAUGGUCCCGCUUGCCGUCACGUCUGGUGCUGUGCUAUUGAACAGAUGCUGUUUUUUACUUUACCAUCAUCAUCUGAUGCCUGCGUGUACUCUGGCGGCGGGCUGUUCUCGUGGGGCACGAAGUUCAAGUACUUCGGCCGCACCGAGCGCGAGAUACUCGAGCGGGACGGACUGCUCGCGCCCAGGGACACACAGAAGGAAGGUUCAAGCACAGGUGGUAAGAGGAAAGCGUCUAGCGUGCCGGCCACUCCGUCCACCCCCAUGACCGGAGACUUCGGUUACAGCAGCCUGCCUCGUUCCACGCACAGUGCGCCGCUGGAGGAGAGCGGGCCGGACGAUACGUGUAACGGAGCGUGUCUGCUGAGCGGGCCGGCGGUGGACAUCGCGCUCGCUUGUAAUGAUCAUUUGAGGACUGUGCAGGAAGAGGCUAAGCCACCAGGUGUGGUGCAUGUUGCAGCUCUCCCCGCUGAGUACAGCCGCGGAUCCUCCGCCGAGGCCUCAUCCACCGAGUCAGCAGGGACACUACUCCCUGCGGAGCCCUGGCCCGGCACCGGACCAGCUAGGUUUAGUCUACUCCGAGCCUUCGUGCCGUCCUUCAUGGUCGUAUGGCUAACCCUCGCGUUGCUAGCUAUCCUGGUGUUGGAAACCGACUGGCCCCCCCUGCAGUACCUGCGUCGCAAGCCCGAGCUGGUGGCGCUGCGGCGGCAGUACUACGCGCCGCUGAAGGAGUACCUGAAGCGCAAGGUGGUCGAACUGUUCUGAUUCGCGGCCCCGUCCACUUCACCAGUGUCAAAUUUUAACGGCGCCAUCUUUUUAGGGGUUGGUCUCACUAGAUGUAAACACAGUCUUCUGUAAAUACUGUACUGACCAAUUUCAGUACCGUAAUUUUCAAUAUUUUCUUCUCUUUUAUUUAUUUGACUUGGCUGACCAUUACGAGCUGUGAGUACAACUAGUAGACAUGUUUCAGAGUCUUAUUUGUACAAACUCUUCGCGUACUUAGACGUAACUCACCGCUAUACGCUUUCUUAUAGUACAAUUAAUUUGUAAGCUAUCACUUUCUUGCACGGCACAAGGAUUUGUGGGGUCUCUACGUUCCUAAUUGUUUUCAUUCGGGCCUACUGCGUAGAUCGGCCUGACUUACACGGACUUACAAAUUGUUAGAUCUGUUUAUAUACAUUUUUAAUGCUCAGCUUACAAUCUGAAUCUGCGAUAUGUGAAUCUCAUAAUUUUAUACUACAAUUUUCGCCCAACAUUCCACUUAAUAAUUUAGUCUUCCAAAAGUAUUGUUUGUAGUAAUUUAAAUAAUUUAUUUUUAUAGUACCUAAUUAAUGAUUAAGUAUUCGCGCACAAAGUAUUUAAUAUUUUAUUUUUAGAUGUGCCAUAAUUAUAAUUUUCUACCUAGUCAUAAACAGCUGGUUCUAUAUACUUUCUGCACAAUUAUUGUAUAAGUUUACGAUAACUAUGUUGUCUAAGUGUUAUAAGUAUUUUUAUUAGGGACACAUUGAUUAAAUUAUUUAUUUAUUAUGACACGAUUCAAUGUUGUUAAUGCCUUACUAGAGUGAGUGUGUUAGACUUAAGUACUUAAUUAGACGCUUCAUUUUGCCUAGUCACUAUGUACAUGAUUCUCAACAUUAAUUAUAUUAGCACUAGUUGUAAGGUACAUUACAAUUGUACAUCAUGGCGAUUCGGAUAUUUUUUACAAGUAAUAAGUAUAUUAUGUACUUAAAACUGUGAUGGCCAUAACAGUCUGCAUUGAUAGUUAAAACUAAAAUAUUUUUCCUUCCUAACAAUCCUAUUUAAUUCAUUCUAUUUCACAUGUCUCUUAUUAUCAAGAUCUUUAUGCCUAUUCCUAAAUAUAAAAAGACUAUGCUUUAUUGUCUCUACUCCUUCAAUCUAUUGUCUUUUGGUUGAUUAAAACCUCCUUUUUAAUAAUCUUUUUUGCACUGUUGUGGCCAGUACCAGUACAGUGAAUUGACUAAAAUAAAAUUAACAGUAGAUAACCUGUAGUUAUUUCGUACUUCAGUACGUACAAACUCUGCUUUCCAUCACAUCACAUGGCUUUGAUCAUAAUUUAUUAAAAUUGUCAAUUAAAUUAAUAAAUAAACUGACAAAAGGUAAACAAGUAUGGACUGCAUCGCAUUUAACUAGAGUAACUUGUAAAAAUGACAGAAUUACAAUUUCGUUGUAGUCUAUAAUACUCGUAGCCGGUAAAAUAGAACUUUUAUUAUUUUCUUUGUGGACCAACAUGCUAUGGAGUUAAGUUUGUAUGUACCUAAAAACUUAUUUUUAUACCGUUAUUGCUUUUUCAACUCUUAUUACGCUUAGAUUUAAGAAUCUCUUUAUAAUGUUAUGAACAGGAAUGAAAGUUGGACAUGUUUUGGAAUGUUAUAGAUGGUUUAUUUCGACAAUGUUUAGAUGCCAAACUGAGUUUUUACAGAUAGGUAUGUGUGUGAGGCGCCGGCUGCCGUCGACACCACAUCUCGCAAGGCGCCACUACUCUACCACCAUUGUGAACUUGUUAUAAAUAAUGUAACUGUAGACUAAGAACAAACAUAGCUUUUAGUUAACAUUUUUGAAAAAUCAUAGAGGUUUUAAUAAAACAUCCUGCCGAAAUCGA